GAUACUAGAAUCUACAAGUAUUUUGGGUGUUUAAGUAAACCCAACUCUUUUUUAGGACUCUGGUUAGGCAAUUGGAAUGGGUUAGGAUGCUUAUUGCUGCUGAAGGACUUCGAAGUGCAUCAAAUUGAUGUUCUUUUGGCUGAGCUAGGAUUUUGCAUAGCUGGAAUGAUCUCUUAAGCUCCUUUUGUAUUGAUGACAAUGGGAAGACAGACAUAUAACUUUUGUAGGAUUUGCUAAAGUUGAGCUGGAAUAGCUAGCAAGCGUCAAAUAUUACAGCAAAUCUCAAACCAAACAAGCUUGACUUCAUAAAAAGAUGUUCAAGAUUGCAGAAAAGAUAAAUGAGCUAAACAUGGAUUAUAUCAGUUUUAAAGCAAUGCUAAAUGACAUUUAGCAUUCUAUCUAAAGUACUCUAAAAGAGGGUAGGCCAUCUAUCGACUGUGUAACCAAUAAGUACUGUCUUUGAGCAAGAUUUUUCUUUGAAGAACCUUGGUACUUCAUCAAACUCCUAAUAGAAAGUUAAAGUAUGAGUUCGAAUUGUAGCAACUUGUUCCAACAAAGACAGUAGUGCCUAAAUUGCACUAAAAUUCUCGUGGAGUCCAUCAACAAAUCCCAGCUUCCAAGUGUUGUGCUUUUGUCCUUGGCCUUUCGAAGGUCAUGCGAGACAAUGUACAAUACUUAUGACGUCUAGUGAUGCAUAUAUUGUGAAUGGACUUAUUAUUCUUCUUUGUUUUGCUCCCCAAGUUGGAAAAGCGACCGCCUUGUUCACAUGAAGUUUGCAGGUUUGUGCUAUUUUGUUGCUUGGACUUGUUUGUGGAUCAAAAAAUAGUGCAGCAGAAGAUUAGGCCUUGCUUCAAGCAUCUUAGCCGAACUUUGGGGAAUCAGGGAUGGCCUUGAAGUUGCCUUUUCUGUCAAUCCAACAUGCUUAGAAGUGGAAGUUGAUUGCUCUGAUCUUAUCUAUCUCAUCAAAAAUAAUAAAAGUGAUCCUAGUAUUGCUGAUAGCAGGUUCCUCUUUUCAUAGUUCCAGGAACUCAAAACUUCCCUACAUCUUUCAGAAGGCAAAUACAAGUGCUGAUAGACUAGCCAGAAUGUGAGGCAAUCUAGACUCUUAAAGUUUUGUGGUUUUUGAUGUUUGUCCUCAUGAUUUAGUUUCUGAUAUUCAGGAAGAUUUGAGGGAAUUUAUGUUUUAGGAUCCCUGUUUUUACCAAAAAUGGAAAAUGUCAAAGUAGGUGUAGGAUUAAGCGAGGGAAUUUCACUUGAGAGGCUGGAGUUUCGUCAUAGUUGGUGGACUGAGCAGCCAGUGAGCACAAAAUCGGGCCACUAGAUGCAAGACAAUUAAUUAGUCUGAGCCAGCUUUAUUGACCUUUUGACUUCAACUUCUCAUAUUCAUUUCAUGUGCCACUAGAGCCCAUCGUUUCACUUCCAUUUACCCUAAAUAUUCACUGCAACUUCGGAAGAGCCCGUUCGGAUUGGAUUUUUUAGGAGUUUUUUUUUUGGAGAAAAAUUAUUUUAGCACUUUUUUGGACGUGAGCAUAUGAAGUAAAAAAAAAAAAAAAAGUGAUUAAAAAUCUCAAGCAUUACAUGAUGAAAGCUUGGCAGGUUGUGAAGCUAGCUGUAGGCUGUAGCUGCCAUGAAGACUGCAGAACCAACCACUCAUAUUCUUCCAGGUAACCCCAAUGCACGCUCCUCCCCUUCAGCAAUGAUCAACCCACCACCGUUUCCACCCCCCAUUACUCCACAAUAAAACCUCCCCUAUAUCUUUUUCCUCCAGGCACCUUAUUUCCAUAGCUAAUACUACAGAAAAGAAAAUAACAAAACCCCGAAUCAAAUGAGCUUCCAACGGUUUUAUGAGACCUGGUUCGAGCAGCUCCACCAGCUUAUGAACCAACUCAACCGAGCACCGCGUCAGCCAACGGCGGAGGAAGAGAACCACCAGCUGGUUCAGAAGGUUAUGUCCCACUACUCCGAGUAUUACCGAGUUAAAUCGAUCGUUGCCAAGCAAGAUAUCCUGUCAGUCUUCACUGCACCGUGGGCCACAACCCUUGAGCGAUCCCUCCAUUGGAUUGCCGGCUGGCGGCCCACCACCGCCUUCCACCUUAUUUAUACUGAGGCCAGCAUCCGUUUCGAGUCACAAAUCUUUGAUAUCCUACGUGGGCUUCGUAAUGGGGACCUCGGUGACCUCUCCCCAGCCCAGUUCCGCCGUGAUGGGGCAAGUGAUUUCGUGGGAAUGCAUAGCGAUGGUGAUGGUGGAAAGAUGGAAGUGCUGGUGAGAGUGGUGGAAAAGGCUGAUCAGCUGCGGCUGAAGACUAUUGAUAAAUUGGUUGAGCUGUUCACCCCACGACAAGCUGCAGAGUUCUUGAUUGCGGCCGCCCACCUCCAGUUUGGUGUCCGAGCAUUGGGUGCCACUUAUGAUCGUCGACUCUAAUGUUAUUGUUGCAGAAGUAUUGCAUCAAUAAAAUUAGUCCUAUCUAUCAAUAAAUUUGAAGCAUCUAUCCAUCUCUUGACAAUAUUUGAGUUCAAAAAAUCGAUCUCUUGACAAUAUUGAAGGAAAUCAAAACCAAACUUUAUUUAGUAAUUGCCAAACCGCAGUAUGGUUUAUUGUU